AUGAACAAAUCGAGGCGUGCGCUGUCGGAGAAUGGUCUUCGAUUGAAUAGAUAUCGUAUGCAGAUGUCAACCCAAGUUGCAGAGCGAUUGGCUGCAAAUGUGGCAAAUUUCAACCCACUGGGUGAUGAUGGCAAGCCGUUGGAAGAUAAACAUCGAAGGCGUAUCGACACCGUCCUACAACGAGCAUUCAACCGAGUCUCACGCUCUGCGCAGAAACAAGUGCUGGUGCUAGCCGCAUCGGAUCAGAGUGCUUUACAAAUCCCGAAUGCCGUGAAAUACCACACUCCAGAUUAUUUGAUAGAGCGGCUUCGAACGACGAUGCUGGAUCGAUGGCGCCGUAUCCUAUAUCAGCGAUCGCCACAUUUUGCUGAUUUCAGAGCCACAGAGCCCGUACUACCAAAAUGGAUCGAUGAAACGAAACUUUGUGAAUAUUUCUGCAUCUAUGAGCAUUGCUCGAAACCAAAUCAGACUUAUGAGACAUCCGAAAUUUUGGUGGAACAUUUCAAAGCUGAACACGCACAGAACCUUUGGGCGUGCGGUGAAUGUCCACAUCUUGAGGCAUUCACGGACCCGGGCGAUUACAAGCAGCAUCUGAUGGAGCAUUUCAGGGGGAGCAGUGAAGAAAGAGUCAAAUUUGUUGACGAUUUGCCCGCCGCUAUCCACUUUCUUCGUCAACGAGUUCCAUAUGAGGUAGCCUGUUGUCUCUUCUGUGGUUUUCAGCCAAAUAUCAUGCAAGAGCACAUUUCCGCAAACAAAUUGCAAGAAGAGAUCAGGAACCAUAUGAUGAAGCAUAUGAAAUCGUUGGCCUACAGCGGUCUAAUGUGA